UUUUUAAAUUUCAACAAUUAAGGGAGAAGAACCCACUCAUAAUAGAUAAUGCCGCUCCUAACACUCGGUGGCGCUUGCCCAAGCGGUUGCGUCGCGCGCGUAAAGGAUACGAAAGGAGGCGUUAAUCGUGAAAAUCAACUGAAAUGUCGAUCUCAACUAAUUCCGCACACUGGUAUACACUAUUCGAUUCUAAGCUGUUUCAAUUACGGGAUUGCGCGAUCCGAGAAUAACACACAACCCGAACAGCGACUACUCUAAUAUCAAGCACAUAUUGCCGUAUUUUAUUCGUUCGAAUAUGUUCUCGUUAAUCUGUCUUAAACAUGCGGAUAUAAUAUUGCUUAGCUAAAUCAUAAGACGAAUUACAAAUAAAAGACAGUUCAUCGAAAAGUUAAUUGCUUUUAUAUCAUCUAAUUGCAAUAUAACACAUAACAGUAAUUUUCUGAAGUGCUUAACACGUGGUGUAAAUAUAUGAAAGCAGAAUACGUUAGAAACAAAAGUAUUGUUUGAAGAAGGUUUCUAUAUAGGAAGAAACACUGUACUUAAACAGAAAUUGGAAAUAUGAAUAAAAUAAAACAGCUGAAUACACGUCAGUUCUCAACAGAAGUGACGACGAUGCUAUGGUCACCAAAAAUGGAUCUUUUAGCAAUUAGUAAUGUAAAAGGUGAAGUCAGUCUUUAUAGGCUUACAUUCAUUAAAGUCUGGUUAUUGAGCCCUCAAGAAGAAUCCGACACCACUGUUCAACUGGCAUGGAGACCAGAUGGAAAACUUCUCGCAGUAUGCUAUGAAAAUUCAAAACUACUUUGCCUCAUUGAUAUUGAAACUAAAAACAUUAUUCAUAAAACAAAAUUACCUGUGGACAAUUUAAUUGUUUGUGUUACAUGGUUAUUACAUGAGAGCUUAUCAUUGAUAAGUAAUAAAUCUAAUGAAUUCAGUGAUUACCUGCCGCCCUUACCUAAAUUAAUCAAAGGUUGUAGUACAGAAACUGAAUGCAAAGAAUUUUUAUCCGACAUUCUAGAUAUCCUUUAUAUUGGCCAAGAAAAUGGCACAGUAUUAAUAUACAUUUUUGGUAUGUUCUAUUGUGAUACUAUAACAGUAGGCAAUGGACCAAUUCUGCACAUCACAGGUGGAUCUAAUGAGCCAAUAUGGAUUACUUCAAAAGAUGAUAAUUGCAUUAAAAUAACAAGAAUAUCUUGUCCACUGCUUGAGAAGAAUAAAGCAUUACUUGAGAUUGCACAAAUCCAAGCCAACAUAGAAUGUUUAAAGAGUCAUCUGUCACGUACUAUAACGGCCACUUCUGAGACUUGGGAGAAAAUGUUUUUUGAACUGAAUAAAAAACUUUCAAAAUAUGCAGAAAUAAAUCCACCUGGCAAUAUGUCUGUAGACUUUUUAAAUCUGUUGAUGAUCGGAAUACCGACAGUAAGGUUAGAAAGAUUUCUACUUGAAGAUCUUACAGAGAAAGGAUUUAAAGAGAUUUUACGGAACUUUGAUACAUGUCUCGUUGAAAUAAUGAAUUUAGUCUCGGAAAAUUUAAUUAAGGUCGGCGAUGUCUUGGUUUAUCAGUUAAGUGAAUUGAGAGGAAUGGUAAGAGCAGGUGUCACACACGAAGCAGAAUUAGGACUACGCAAUGAAACGCUUGUAACUAAUGCCAUUAAUGAGUCCGCAACUUUUUUGGCAAAGUUGGCUGAAUUCAAGCAAGUUGUAAUUCAGAGUGUGGAUUGUUACAAACCAUUUUUCCAGUGGUUAUACGUAACCAUUAUGCAAUUAAAUGAUACACCAGUAAUGGCCAGUAAAUUAAAUGAAGUAAGUCAAGAGGAAUUGAUAAUUAUUGCCGAAUUUUUGAGUAAUUUGGAUAAAACCGUGCCAAAAGCAAAUGGCAAAAUAAUAAAUGUAGCCAAAGUAGAUCAAUAUCUGCAGUACAAAAAUUUACAUACUCCCAUGACUUCGAAAGGAAGCGAAUGGACAACUAUGCUAAAAAAAAAUGAUUGUUUGCGCAAUUACGCGCAUAUAGUAAAACACAAUGUUAACUUGUCUUUAGUACAAUGUUAUACCAACGUAGUUGCUGCUAUAGAAAAUAUUUUUAAUAAAGCUUAUGAAGGCUUAAUCGAUCACUUUGUGAUGACUUCGACCUCUUUAUCGUCGUUGGCACCUUUCAUAUCCUCGCAAAUUAUAACAAUCAGUGGAAAUUUCUUGUUAGCUAUGAGCGACAUUGAGAGCAGUAACAUUUUGAAAUUUUACAAUAUCAAGUAUUCGUCUACGGAACCUGUAUCUUUCACUUCGAAGAUGACUACGGUAGAUAUAAAUCAAGAGAACUAUUCGAACAAAAACAGUGAUAAUGUGAUAAUGGAUUUGCAGUUUUACUCGCAAUGUUAUCUUAGUUUGUUUAUAUUAAAUAAACUAAUUAAUGCGUCUUAUCUUCUACAAGUGCCAUUACAUGAUAUAUCCACCUUUGAGAAUCACGACGACGAAACGAUACCCUUAGUCAAGCUUAUGGACUUUUUGCAGUGGCCAAAACCAUUUCAAGGAAUAUCCAUGAGAUGGUUAGCGGUCAGUGGUCCCCGAAAAGUGGCGGCUCUUUUAAGUAAAAAUAAAAAAAGGAUUCGAUUACUCGAGACUGAAGACGAAUUUGCGGAUGAGGAGGAUAAUGACGAGGAUGAGGAGAAUAGUAACGAGGAUAAGGAGGAGGAUGACAAGAAUGAGGAGGAUAAAAAGGAUAACGAGGAAGAUAUGGAUUUGGAAUAAUUAUGAAUAAAUGUAAAACAAACAACUUUAUAUAUUUAAACACAUUUAUUAUUGAAAUGAAAAGCUUACAAAGUAUGCAGAAGCAAAUCUAUCUGGCAAUAUGUCUGCAGACUUCUUAGAUCUAUCGAUGAUCAGAAUACCGACAACAAAUUUAGAAAAUUUUCUUCGAGGCCUUACUUCAAGAUCUUACAGAAAAAGGACUGAAAGAGAUUCUUCACAAUUUCGAAAUGUGUCACAAUGACAUACAGAUAUUACAUAUUAGAAUAUAUUAUUUUUUAAUUUUAUUAAUGUUGUAUAUUGUAAGAAUUUUUAAUAUAUGUUAAAUCAUUGCUUUUGUAAAAAUUAAUUUUGGAAAAUUUAACUAGUGUCGGCAUGGUCUUAGUUUAUCAGUUGGCUGAAUUGAGGACUGGUAAGAAUAAAUGGCACAUACGAAACAUUAGGCUUAUGCAGUGAAACGCUCAUAACUCAUAAUGUUAUUAAUGAAUCCGAAACUUUUCUGGCAAAGUCGUGUGAAAUCCAGCAAGUUAUAGAUCAGAAUAUGCGUAAAAAGAGAAAAAGUCAAAGAAUCUUUUAUAUUUUUUUACGAAUUAAACAAUAUAUCUUUCUAAUAAUUA